AUUAUCUUCAAGGCAUAAUUUUUCAACUUGCAUUGUUUAAUGAUUAUCAACGAUUGCUUGAAGAGUUAUUGCAGCUACAGCAUCAAAAUGAUCAAUGUCUACAUGUCUCGUCUCUAGUAACCUAUUUACAAGUUUAAACUUAUUCAAUGAUUGAACAUCGAUUCAACAAUCAACUCAAUUGAAACAAACAUGGCAACUGUUGAUUUGUGUGACAAUAAAACAACUGUUACGGUUAAAAUUCAACAAAAUGCAUCAACUGGUCUCUCUUCAGCUUACAAGGACAGAAAAUUUAGUGAUUUAAUCGUCGUCAACAACGAUAAAGAAUAUCAUGUUCACAAGAUUAUUUUGUCUUCAUUCAUUCCACAAAUCGAUAAAAUGCUUUCAUCCGGACUUGCAGAAUCAACAAGUUUACGAAUUAAACUGGACCAUCCAACGGAAAUAUUUGAUCUCAUCAUCGAUUGGGCUUAUUGUCAACCGAUUAGUGUAACCAAGGAAAAUGCUCUUGGAUUGUUUCACCUUUCUGAUUACUUGGAUAUACCUGAUUUAGCGAAUGAAAGUUUAAGUUUUCUGUUCGAUCACUUUUCAAAUGAAGUGGUUGUUGAAAUUGAUCAUUGGAUUAAUCAAAUUGCAACUCUCAAAGCUCGUCAACUGAUUGAUCAAUACAUUUGCGAAAAUUUUUGUGAUAUCAUUACAACUAAGAGUUUCUUGGGCUAUGAAGUUGAUACUGUUUAUUACAUGAUAAACCUAAUUGGUUUGAACAUUGAAAGUGAAUUGCAAGUGUUUGAAGCAAUAAUUAAAUGGGUCACAAUCAAUGCUAAUGAAAGACUUGUGCAUCUACCAAAGCUGGUAUCAGCCUUACAUUGGACUUCAAUCGAUAUAAACCAAUUCACUAACACAAUCGCUCAAAACUUUUACAUUAAACUGUGCAAAGAAACACGGCCGAUAGUCUUGUCAGCAUUUGAGUCGAUUUGUUAUAAUUCAUCUGAUCAAAUUAAAGAUGUAAAUUUAAUCAUUGGACCUCGUCUCAAAAAGCUUACUAAUUUGUAUUAUUUAAUUAAAGAAACAGAUGGAACAUUAACAUUGAGAAGUUUCCUCAAUGAAAACAUUUCCUUUCCACUUGUUUGUGAUGUUAAUAUGACUUUCAACAGAUGCACUGAUGAAUGUACAACCGAAUGUCUGAUAGAUUCAGAUAAAUUGAUUUUAAUUAAUUGGAUUAAGAAAACUUAUAGAUUAACUAAUCAUUCUGUCUUCAGUAAACUGUUUGGGCGCAAUUUUGAGUUUAAAGAAAAUGGUAAUGUUUUCUUGUGGAAAGGGAAUCGUCCAAUCGUACUUAAACCAAAUCCUGAAGAAGUGACGCGUUUUCAUUCGGUAGCUCCUUAUAAAGGCCAGUUUUACGCCGUUGGUUCUAUUAGUAAUAAUUUUCCUAGAAUUGUUGUAGUGAAGUUUGAUCCGUGUGAUAAUGUCUGGACUGGUGUGGCUAAUGGUAGACAAAUAUCUAAGCCUGUUAACCAGUUGAAACAUGUGUUGUAUGACAACAAGUUGAUUCUGUUUCUUGACAAUUCAAAGUAUCAUAUUUACGAUCUCGAAUCAGCUAAAUGGACACAACAUGUUGGUUCAGGCCUGUGGAAUAGAACAGCUGAUCUUCACUUUACUCUUCAUCAGUCUAAACUGUUUCUCUUGAGUAAAGUUCAAUUAGAACUGUAUGAAUUUGAUUCAGUUGAAGACACAUUUAAAGUGGUCAAAGGAAAACCAAUCAAAGGUGCAAAUUUCGUUGGAUUAAUAUCAACUGAAAUGGAGGCACAAUUAAAAGAGUUUAAUUUACAAUUUCGUCUGUUGGAUUCCAAUAAUAAUUUACGUAAAAUGCUGAUCAGAACAUGACAUUGUUUUUAUUCCAUGAUCUUUUCCAUCUGAGAAUCAAGAUUAAAGCAUUAAGACACUGCCUUGAGAAUUUGUGCCUUAAGUAUCAUGAAUAAAAGUUAUAAAGUACAUGAGUGUAGAUUGUUGAAUCUUCGUUAUCAUUGAAAACGGAGUCAAUGGAAACUGGAUAACGUGAUGAGAAGAUUCCAAGUAAACUUAGCAUAAUGUGGACUAAUUUUAUUCAUAAAUGAUCCACAGAUUCAGCGAGUAGACCACAGUGAGGAAUGGGCUUGAAAUGAUUUGAAAGCUCAUUGGGACUAUGUUAAGGCUAGAAAGUUAUUCCCCCACAAUUUAGGUUAAUUGUACAUUUCUCAAUUGAUUAUGCGAUUUGAGAUUCAUUUUCAUAAUUAAAUGCCAACCAAUGAUUGAUUAUAAAUUGACUUUCUUUCAAAAUUGUGUAAAUAUUGAAUAUCUACAAAGCUUGGUCGAUAUAAAGUCCACCAUGGAAACAGGACUGACAAUUUAUCGAUUAACUACCAGAAGAAAAAAACGGUUGAACAUUUCUCAAAUCAAAGCAUUUCUAGCCACAAGUGUAGACAAAAUGGAUGUAAAACCAGCUUUAGCUAACUGGUUGAAUCCCAACAUUGACUUGAACGUGAAACGAGCUGAAUUAACCGGCACAUCCAAUUCAAAGCCAUUAUCAUUGGUCAACAUUUGUAUCCACAGUGUUCCGGGAAUCUCUUUUUUCUGUACCAACACAAUUGGUGUAAAACUGAGCCAGCUGGUUAAUCUCAUUGCUGUGGGUCUAUUAUUUGUGCGUGCAGCUAAAACAGUCAAAGACAUAAUAGAAGUCGUUGUAAUUCAGGGUGAAAAUAUUUUAUUGGAAAGAACUAAUCGAAUGCUGACGAGUUUAGCUAAAAGCAUAUCAAAUAUGGUUGUACUAUACACUUGUAUAACUCUUAAUUUGCCUUCAUUCCUUCAUUCAAUGGAUCUCAUUUGGUUUCACCUUCCCUUUAUCAAUCAGGCGACUUUUAUUUCGACUCAACGGUUCCACCUUUGGCUUGGAUUCAUCCUCUAUGGACUAUUCAAUGCAGUCGAUUUAAUUUUCAGGAUUACAGUCAAAGUUAUGUAUCCAACGUUCAGUGUUUAUCCUGAUAUGUUGAUCUUCAACAUAUCAAAUUAUACUAUCAUUCAGGUUUGCUUGUGUAAAAUUUGUUUGAUUUGUUUUAUUCAAGUCAUCACCAUAUUUGUUUCAACUGGUUUCAAGGAGAUUGCAAAGCAACUUGAAGAUGUCAACUUUGAACCUUCAGAUAAAGGAAUGCCUAAGUUGUCACCUUUUUUCAUUUAUCAUGGAACUGCCUGGCUUGCGAAUCAUCGAAAAUCAUUUGAACUUCUCAAUGAAAUGGUUAAUUUAACAAACAAAAAAUUCCAUCUCUUUAUUUACAGUGCGAUUAUAUGCAUAAUACCAGCUUCUAUUACCAUUAUUUAUGACAUUAUUUUUGCUGAAAUGGAAUUAAAAAUUUACCAUGUCAUUGAUAUUACUUUCAAUAUUAUCUUUAUUGAAAUACUUAUCUACUAUUUAAGUCUAUUCAAUUUACAUUCGCACAGAAUUUGGCUGGCAUUGUACAGAUUAACCUUGAUUAGUAAAAAUGAAAUGACAACUUUAGAGGCUACCCUUUUCAUGAACAGAAUCAGUAAUUUACCGGUUGGUGUUCAACUUUCAGAUAAAUUUGUGAUUACACUCGGAGUUGGUCCAAGUUUGGUUGCAGUCAUUAUAACAGUGUUUGUGUCAAUAACUUCACUUAAUCAAGUUUUCCUCAACAAUGCAAACGCAACUAAUAAUAACUAACAAGUGCACACCUUAUCUAUUCAUGCUAUGACCAUAAGUUUAGCUAAUCUGAUAAAACAUCGGGACACCGGAAUAAAAUAAAGAAUCACUUAAUUACAUGUUGAGAAACACAACAAUUAUCAAAACUCUUUAUCAAAUAAAUCUAAUUCAUGACAUUGU